AGUGCUGGGAUUACAGGCAUGAGCCACUGCACCCGGCCGGGAUUUUCCCCUUUGUUCAUUUUUCCAAGAGAGAUCAUGGAGAAAAAUUCAGUGCUAAAGUAUAUCCCUCAUUUAGUGGGGUGCCUGUAAACCCCAAGAGACAUUUGGCAACGUCUGGAGACAUUUUUGGUUGUUGCCAUAGGAAGGCAAAGCAGAUGUUAUUGGCUUCUAGUGGGUAGGGGUUGGGAAGCUGCUAAAAAACCUACAAUACACCGGACAGGACAGCCCCCACAUACAACAAAGAAUUCUUUGCCCCAAAAUGUCAGUAGUGCCAAGAGAAAUCUGUUCUGUAGCAAGGAGCUAUAGGUGCAAUCUUCACCCAAGAAGGAAUGUUAUCCCCUUUUUCGUCAUUGCCCAUUAGGAAGGGCUGGAUGACUGUGCUCUGUCCCAAGCCACCUGCAUGGGACAAGUAAAUGCAAACCUGUUGCUUUGUGGAGGCCCAUGGACAGAACCAGAAGCGUUGAGAAGCCUACCAGAGUAUGUGGACUUAGAGGAUUAUGUCCAAGAAACCUUGCAGUGGGUCUGUCAUCUGCUGCCCUCGUUGAUCAUUCAUUAGCUCUCUUACCACUUAGGGAGCGAUUACAUACAUUUUUAUUUUACUUCAGGUCAUAUACACGGCUUUCCCUGCUCAGAUACGAGGGAAAUGGAAGUGCAGGGAGAUGAAAGUACAUUUUCAGAUUCUCUGCCACUUCUCAAGGGCUCCUCCUUGCCCCAGCCCUGUCCUGGGUGGUUUCAGACAUGCUGUCUUAUUUACUCCUCACCAUAAUUGUGUGGGGAAGCUUUUAUUAUUCCCACUGUGCAGACAGUGUUGGCCCCGGUGCACAUUUUCCUUCAUCAAAAUCUGUUUUUCUCACUAUAUUCUGUUGUCUUCCCAGACUGAUUCCAUAUUAGCAGUCUCUUGUAUCUUCUUAGUGAAUUUUAAAGUUCAAAGUACAUUGUAAUGAACUUCUAAACUUUUUUGCAACCUUUUAACAAGUCUAGCAGUAAGCUGCAGUGCUAAAGUAGUAGAGGAAGUUUAGCCACAUACUGGGAGUCCAAAGGUAUAAUUACAAUGAGCAGUGAGCAGGGGGUCCUGGGAGGUGUGAGUGCCCCAUCUCUGAGGGCAUUUGGACAGAAGUUGGAUCCCAGAGCUCUUGGGUGGAUUCCUGAAAGCCCUUCCCCUUCAGCUCUUCAGAUCUUAUGAUGAAAUAGAAGCAGGGAGCUGCUGCUGCCGGAGAGUCUGGUGGCAGGUGGUGAUUUGGUGCUCUCAUUGUAACCAAUGUCUGUGUUAGCCAUGUCUUCUUCCUAGGCCUCACUGUCCUGGGCUAAUGGAGAAGCAUGAUGUUGCUUUGCCAUUUUUUUAAAAAUCCUACAAUUCUAGUUUUUUGUUAUACUGAUUGUGACUUGCCCUCCCCUCACUCCCCAGCUUAACCCACAUUUUCCGGGUACACUGUCCUAUAGUGUGGAAAUGAGGCUUACAUUGCUGUGGAGAGGGGAGGCACCAGGGCUGCAGAUGGGACAAGGAGUGACAGGGCAAGUUGGGGUGUCCCGGAUGCAGCACAGCUGUGGGGAGAGAAGUAUCUGGAGAGGAGGGCCAGUGUUCCUCACCCUCUUCCCCGCCGUCUCCUGUGACGGCGCAUGGCUGUGGAGCCACAGCCUGGGCGUCAGGAAUGAAUAUGACCCACGGGGCAGGAAAGGCGAUGGGGGUUUUCUGUCCACCUCUGCCAUCUGGGUCUUAGUUUACUCGUUUAUUUAAUGAGAUCUUUAGACCAGGGGAUCUCAAGUCAACCUUUUAACUUCAGCACAUUUCUGAUCUGAUCUUUCUUCUCCUCUCCAUCUCUCCAGGCUCUGAACUCAGACAGACCAAGUUCAAAUUCCGUAUCUGUCACUACAGCUGUGUGGCCUUGGAACCUGAGCUGGCUGGAGGAGAAAGAGAAGGAAGUGGUCAGUGCCCUGCGCUACUUUAAGACCAUUGUGGACAAAAUGGCAAUUGAUAAGAAGGUACUGGAGAUGCUUCCAGGGUCAGCCAGCAAGGUGCUGGAGGCCAUCUUACCCCUCGUGCAGAACGAUCCUCGAAUUCAGCACAGCUCAGCCCUCUCUUCCUGCUAUAGCCGAGUGUACCAAAGUCUCGCCAACCUCAUUCGCUGGUCUGACCAAGUGAUGCUGGAAGGUGUGAACUCAGAAGACAAGGAGAUGGUGACGACUGUGAAGGGGGUCAUCAAGGCCGUGCUGGAUGGAGUGAAGGAGCUGGUCAGGCUCACCGUCGAGAAGCAGGGACGUCCGUCUCCGACGAGCCCCGUGAAGCCCAGUUCCCCUGCUGGCAAGCCUGAUGGCCCAGCAGAGCUCCCCCUGACAGACCGUGAGGUAGAAAUCCUAAACAAGACGACCGGGAUGUCACAGUCAACUGAGCUCCUCCCAGACGCCACAGAUGAAGAGGUCGCGCCCCCCAAGCCCCCUCUGCCUGGCAUUCGGGUGGUUGAUAAUAGUCCUCCACCAGCAUUGCCACCCAAGAAAAGACAGUCGGCACCGUCCCCUACCCGAGUGGCUGUGGUGGCCCCCAUGAGCCGAGCCACCAGUGGCUCCAGUUUGCCUGUUGGAAUCAAUAGGCAGGAUUUUGACGUUGACUGUUAUGCACAGAGGCGACUGUCAGGAGGCAGCCACUCAUAUGGUGGAGAGUCGCCCCGCCUCUCCCCUUGCAGCAGCAUAGGCAAGCUCAGCAAGUCAGACGAGCAGCUGUCCUCUCUGGACAGGGACAGUGGGCAGUGCUCCCGGAACACAAGCUGUGAAACACUAGACCACUAUGAUCCCGACUAUGAAUUCCUCCAGCAAGACCUCUCUAACGCAGACCAGAUACCUCAGCAGACGGCCUGGAACCUUAGCCCGUUGCCAGAGUCUUUGGGGGAGUCUGGGUCUCCAUUUGUUGGCCAUCCUUUCCAGCUGCCUCUUGGCAGCCAUCCCCAGCCAGACGGACCUCUGGCCCCAGGGCAGCAGACAGAUACGCCGCCUGCUCUCCCCGAGAAGAAGCGCAGGAGUGCAGCCUCCCAGACGGCGGACAGCUCUGGCUGCAGGGUGUCCUACGAGCGGCAUCCCUCGCAGUACGACAACAUCUCUGGGGAGGACCUGCAGAGCACGGCCCCAAUCCAGUCCGUCCCCUAUGCGCCCUUUGCUGCUAUUCUCCCCUUUCAGCAUGGAGGUUCCUCAGCCCCUGUCGAAUUUGUGGGUGAUUUUACUGCUCCUGAAUCAACGGGUGACCCGGAAAAACCACCUCCUCUACCAGAGAAGAAAAACAAACACAUGCUGGCCUACAUGCAGCUGCUGGAGGACUACUCGGAGCCGCAGCCCUCCAUGUUCUACCAGACGCCGCAGAACGAGCACAUCUACCAGCAGAAGAACAAGCUCCUCAUGGAGGUAUACGGCUUCAGCGACUCCUUCAGCGGGGUGGACUCCGUGCAGGAGCUGGCCCCGCCGCCCGCCCUACCCCCCAAGCAGCGGCAGCUGCAGGCCUCCUGUGCUGCUUCUUCCUUCUCCUCUGUCUCCUACUGUGUCCAGCAAACUAAAGUGGCCUUCACCCCCGAGGACGGCAGUGCCGCUCAGGGCCUCAGUGUGUCCGUCUCUAACUCCUUUCUCAGCCGGCACGGCAGCUUGCCUGUGCCCUCGUAUAAGUCUGUGUUUAGGUCCUACUCCCAGGAUUUCGUGCCUCACCACCAAGCUUCCGUUCCGCCUUUCCUUCCGCCUACCUCCUCUUCCUCUCCACAUUUCCCACCUGCCCACCAGGCUCAGAGCUCUGACUUAGCCGUGCCAGCCAUGGCCGGUCCACCUCCCAGCACCGUGGACGGGCCUCUCUCGGCUUCUCAGGAGAGCAGCUUUCAUGGGAAUACUGUCUGCCUUCCUUCCGAAACCUCUUUCACUGACUCGAGUGAAAACGCCAGUGAGGAAGCUGGUGAGGGUGAAUAUGUCAAUCUGUAUUCCUCUGGCCAGAGCAGCGAGGAGCUGGCUCCCUCUGGAGGAGAACCACCGACUGGGAAAGACGGACAUCCCAGAGAUCCCUCAGCAGUCAGCAGCGUCCCUGGGAAGGACAGCAGAGACGGCAGUGAGAGGGCCCCAAAGUCACCAGAUGCUCUGGAGUCGGCUCAGUCGGAGGAGGAAGUGGACGAGCUGUCCCUCAUCGACCACAACGAAAUUAUGUCCAGGCUGACGCUCAAGCAGGAGGGUGAUGACGGGCCGGAUGUCCGCGGAGGAUCUGGGGACAUCUUAUUGGUCCAUGCUACUGAGACUGACAGGAAAGAUUUGGUGUUGUACUGCGAGGCCUUCCUGACCACCUACAGGACCUUCAUCUCCCCAGAGGAGCUCAUCAAGAAGCUGCAGUACAGAUACGAGAAAUUCUCUCCCUUCGCCGACACAUUCAAGAAGCGCGUCAGCAAGAACACAUUCUUCGUACUGGUGCGGGUGGUGGAUGAGCUUUGCCUGGUGGAAUUGACAGAAGAGAUCCUGAAGCUGCUGAUGGAACUGGUCUUCCGCCUGGUGUGCAACGGGGAGCUGAGCCUGGCCCGCGUGCUCCGGAAGAACAUCCUGGACAAGGUAGACCAGAAGAAGCUGCUCAGGUGUGCCACCUCUGGCCAGCCCCUGGCGGCCCGGGGGGUAGCAGCCAGGCCGGGGACCUUGCACGACUUUCACAGCCAUGAGAUCGCAGAGCAGCUAACUCUGCUGGAUGCUGAGCUCUUCUAUAAAAUAGAGAUUCCUGAGGUUUUGCUUUGGGCAAAAGAGCAGAAUGAGGAAAAGAGCCCCAACUUGACCCAGUUCACGGAGCACUUCAACAACAUGUCCUACUGGGUCCGGUCCAUAAUCAUGUUACAGGAAAAGGCCCAGGACAGGGAACGGCUGCUCUUAAAGUUCAUCAAGAUCAUGAAGCACUUGCGGAAGCUGAAUAACUUCAACUCCUACUUGGCCAUCCUCUCUGCCCUGGACUCAGCGCCCAUCCGCAGGCUGGAGUGGCAGAAGCAGACCUCAGAGGGCCUGGCCGAGUACUGCACGCUGAUUGACAGCUCAUCCUCCUUCCGAGCCUACCGGGCCGCCCUCUCGGAGGUGGAACCGCCGUGCAUCCCGUACCUGGGGCUGAUCCUGCAGGACCUGACCUUCGUUCACCUGGGAAACCCAGACUACAUCGAUGGGAAAGUGAACUUCUCCAAGCGGUGGCAGCAGUUCAACAUCCUCGACAGCAUGCGGUGCUUCCAGCAGGCGCACUAUGACAUCCGGAGGAACGACGACAUUAUAAACUUCUUCAAUGACUUCAGUGACCACCUGGCUGAGGAGGCCCUAUGGGAACUCUCUCUGAAAAUUAAACCCAGGAACAUAACAAGGAGAAAAACAGACCGGGAAGAGAAGACCUAGGAGCAGCCGCCGGGAUCGAGGAGAAUGCUCGAGGGGCGCGGAGGGCAGCUCCCAGACCGGAGAGGACCUUGGACCUGUUAGGCGCGUGGCAGGAGUCCCGGCCUCGGAGCCACGAGGCUGGCCAGGCCUCAGCGGGGCCGGGCGGGAGCUGGAGCCUGCCUGCUGCUUCCUGCCUCCCUCCUCUGUGGGAGCAGACCCGUGGGCCUCUGCAGCCAGCAGGCAGGUCUUGUUGCCAAUUUGCAAACCGGUGGUUUUCUGGUUUGGUUUUGUUUUCUGCUUUUACUUCCAUCUCUCCCCUCUUGCCCUUCCACCCACUCCCCUCCAGGGAGAGAGCAGCAGAGACCUCAUCAGCAGACCAAGGAAGUGGCGGGUGCUGCCCCUCCCUGAGCUCCAGGGUCCCUGAAUCUUCUGAAAUGGAAAAUGAAUGGAGGCCUUCUGGGGUGGGUUGUCCUCCAGGGGCCCUGGAAUGGGGGCGAGCAGCUGGGUGGGCAGAACGCAGAGUAGACUGGGAGGAGGUCCUUUCACUUCUCGCUUCCGCUUCUGUUGCAUGGAGGAUGGUGUGAGCUUUGCAGCAGGCCCGGAAAGGUACGCAGGUGACCCCUUAGCAGCUGGUGCUCUGCACCGCGGUACUGGCGCCAUCAGGGCCUCCCUUGCCCACUGAGAGCAGCAGCAGUGUCUGUCAUCCUGUCGCCCCUUACCCCCCACCCCAGGCCACUGGGCCCCUCCCACACCACCUGGGGAGCUGAGCAGAGGAGGCUGGAGUAAGGGAGGACUUGAUCAUCCAAGAAGUACUUUUUAUUGCUGGGAGUCUUCUGAACCUCACCAAACUGAGGCCAGAGCUGAGCUCCUGGGGGAGUUAGUUCAGAGGGGAGAGGCCAGCACCUCCCUCCUCCAUCGCUCGCUGUGUGCCUUAAACUCCAUCUCCUGUCCCUCCCUAUCCCCUGGCUUUCCCUCCCUCCUCGCCCCAUCCUGGGCCGGCCAGCAGGGCUCCUCCUCUGGCUCUUCAGACCUUUCAGCCAGUGCUGUCAGCGCCCCUGGGAGGGAAGGGCAUCCCUGAGGCACCCGAAUGGGCCCUCGGGGUGCAGGGAGGCAGAGGCCUGGCCGCGGAGGAGCCUCCUAAGGUAGCAGCUGCAGCAGGUGCGCCCUCUCCCUACUCUCCCCACACUAGAGCGGCUUGCAGAGCAGAUGCUCUUUCCCUCCUCCUCGUCAAAACCGUUCUCGCUGCUGAGCUUGACAAUCUGGGCAAGGCUUGUGGGGCGCUUGGCAAACAGAACCUGCCCUGUGCCGCCCGGCUCUGUGGCCUCCAGCAUGAGCCUGCAGGCAGGGCACUGCGGGAACCCAGUCGUGCUGCCCCAGCCCAUGCCUCCAGGUCUGCUGUGCAUGAAUUGAGUGCUCAUUUGUCCCAGGUUUAGGACAGCAGGGUCAAGUGAACAGCAGGGUCUAACUAUGCUUAGCCCAGUUCAAACAGAACAAAGGCAAAACGUAGAAAGCAACAUCUGUUGAUCAUUUGGGUUUUUUUUAAAACAACCAUGUCACUUUGAGUCCUUCGUGGGUUUUUGAACAGCAUUUAUCAAGAAGAAAAUGUGGGUUUUUUCCCCUCUCCCAUGUUUUGUUUGUCCUGUAGAUAGAGGGAGGAAAGCCGUGCAGUGGCAGGCGGGACCCCCUCUGGCGGCGGGACCCCCUCUGGCGGUGGUCCUGCAGGGCCAGCCGGGACCUGUCACUUUAUUAUUUAAGGAGUGUGUGUGUAGAGUCGCUGGCUUAUUAACAGUAUUGUGUGUGGGUUGGGUUUUUAGUUUGUUCCUUCUUUUUGAAGUCCCUUCAUUUCAAUCCUUGCCCCUCUUUCCCCUUCCCUUGCCCAGCUCUGUUGAAUGCUGCUGUGCGCGUGUGAGGGCCUCUCUGCACACAGGGCCCUUGGGUUUGUGCGAACUGAAAUUCUCCCUGUAUUUGUGAGACUCGUAGGAGUCCCCCUCUGGAGCACAGGCAAUGCCAGUGCCAUGCUGCAGCCUCAGAAACCAGGCCUCUCCCCCCAGCAGCAGGCGGAACCGUGUCUGUGGUCGGGUGCUGUCCACAGCUCUGUCUGCCUUGUUCUUGGGCUUGAGCCAGGUGGAGGUGGGGUCUCUUCACCUUCCCUGAAUUCAGAACAGACCCUGUGCCUGGCCCCAGUGUGCCCAAGCAACUCCCCAGGCCUUUGUUAGGAGCCCUUGGUGGUCUGAGCAGCGGGGCCCAGGCAGCACAUGAGCAGUGCCUGGGGCUCCCUGCGUGAGGACGGCAAGGUGCGAUGUAUGUCUCAUUUAUUGAUGGCAGGCGUGCCCCUGCGCCCCAUGCUCCUGGCCCUGGUUAUUGCUGAGCUCUGUGCUCAGUGCUGCGGCCUGGCCAUGGCUCGUCUGUUCCUUCUGGGGGGCCGGGCGGGUUGUGGGAAUCAGUCUUCACAAACAGACAGGAGCCAGGCAGAGGACUCGUUCCUUGCAGAGGUCAGUCCUCACCUGCAGGUGUCGGGGUUGGCAAGGAGGGGCAGGCACACACCAUGUCUGACCUAAACCCAAUUCUGGGGAGCGUCUCCCGCUCCAGCCCCACGACCUCCACAGGGUUACAUUGUAAUAUAUAUGCCCCAGCUAACCUGUCUGAUGGUGGCAUCUUCCUGCAGACAUUUCAAACAUGUAACUUUUAUAUGAAAAAAAAUAAACACAGACGAAAGCUGCCGAAUG